AUGGGGUCUUAUUCUUGUUGUAUUUUAUCUGAUCCAUUGGUUUUUCAAUCUAAGCUAGCUUCUUUCAUUAUAUCAUCAAGGCUUCCAAGAAGCAGUGCAACCAAAUUAUUGAAAUUAUUGAAAUCGGUAGAUAGCUUAGAAUGUCUUAAGUCUCUUCCUAUUGAUUCAAGAACAUUGUUAUCUACCCCUCGGUCGGGUCUUGUUGAUAUAACUAAUAUUGGAGGUGGUAAAUAUAUUCAUUUUGGAAUAUCUCAUGGAUUAUUACAUGUGUUAAAAAAUGUUGCCUCUGUUCAGAAUCUACAUGUAUUAGAAUUGUGGUUCAAUAUUGAUGGUCUUCCUGUUGACAAAAAAGGAAAAUCUUUUUGGCCCAUAUUAUGUUCUUUUUUAUUUGAGUUUAAAUUAAAAAAUCCUUUUAUUGUUGGUGCUUAUUUUGGAAAAAAAAAACCAUAUAGCGUUGAAGAGUAUUUGCAACCUUUUGUUGAAGAACUCAAUCAUUUGCUUGCACAUGGUUUGACUGUAGAUGGUAUUUCUUUAAAUAUAAAAAUUAACGGUAUUAUAGCUGAUGCCCCAGCUAGGGCAUUUAUCAAACAAAUAAAAGGACAUUCAGGAUAUUUUGCCUGUGAAAAAUGUACUGAAGAAAGUGAUUAUUUAUCAGGAAGUAUAAGUUUUCCUGAGGGGACUGCCCAGUUGCGCACAGAUGAAUCAUUUGUGCUUCGUUUAAAUGAAGAGCAUCAUGUAGGAGUGUCACCAUUGUUAGAAAUUUCUGGUCUUGGACUUGUUUCAUGCAUUCCACUUGAUUACAUGCACUUAUGUUAG